AUUGUUCCACACACUUCGUUUUCGGCAUUCAAACGUUUCAGUCUCGAAAUUCAAUUCGUGCGAGUUGGUCUUGAUUUGGUUGGUUGGGAUAAGCAAAGUGGAAGCUCUUGCCAAGAGAAAAUAUAAUAUACAUUUUUUUUUUAGCAAACAUUUUUCAAAUAUAACUAGUGUUAAUAAUUGUCAAAAUGGCAGCGCCUAAGAAAAACAUGGAAAGUGGUCAAGUGUUUGAUACCAACGCCAUGACAUUGACGCGCUUUGUGCUGCAAGAGCAAAGGAAAUUCAAACAUGCCACAGGUGACCUCUCACAAUUGCUUAACUGUAUACAGACAGCGAUCAAGGCGAUUGCCUCGGCAGUGCGUAAGGCAGGCAUAGCCAAGCUGCAUGGCAUUGCUGGCGAUAUUAAUGUACAGGGUGAGGAGGUGAAAAAGCUGGAUGUACUCGCUAAUGAACUUUUUAUCAAUAUGUUAAAGUCCUCGUACACCACUUGCCUGAUGGUGUCCGAGGAAAAUGAGAAUAUCAUUGAAGUGGAGGUGGAGCGACAGGGCAAAUAUGUAGUUUGUUUCGAUCCACUCGACGGUUCUUCGAAUAUAGAUUGCUUGGUCUCAAUCGGUUCGAUUUUCUCCAUUUAUCGCCGGCAAACAAGCGAAGGUGCACCCACUCUCGAUGAUUCGCUGCAGCCGGGUAAUAAAAUUGUUGCUGCUGGUUAUGCGCUCUACGGCUCAGCGACUGCAGUGGUCUUGAGUUUAGGUGCCGGUGUAAAUGGUUUCACUUAUGAUCCCGCCAUAGGUGAAUUUAUAUUAACCGAUCCAAAUAUGAGCGUACCAGAGAAGGGUAAAAUCUAUUCGAUUAAUGAAGGUUAUGCUUCCGAUUGGGAUGCAGGAGUUUACAAUUAUAUUGCGGCGAAAAAGGAUCCUGCGAAGGGUAAACCAUAUGGUGCACGUUAUGUUGGUUCUAUGGUGGCCGAUGUGCAUCGUACGAUUAAAUAUGGUGGUAUUUUCAUUUACCCGGCUACGAAAUCGGCGCCCAGUGGCAAAUUGCGUUUAAUGUACGAAUGCAAUCCAAUGGCUUUUUUGAUGACACAAGCAGGUGGUUUGGCCAGUGAUGGACGUAUUGAUAUUUUGGAUAUUGUGCCGAAGAAAAUACACGAACGUAGUCCCAUCUUUCUGGGCUCGAAGAAGGAUGUUGAGGAGGCGUUGAGUUAUGUGCAAGCGAAGCAGGAGUAGAGAUUGAUUGAAGAAAAGAGGCGUGUUUUCAUGUGGAACUUAUUAUACUGACUAAGUGGCGGCCAUUAAAAACUGAUUAAGUUAAAAAGAAAAAAAACUAGAAUGUGAAAAAAUAUAAAAAUAUGAUGAAACAAGAAUAUAGAAUAAGGCAUAUUAUGAAAAGACUUAAAUGACUGUUAAUAAAAAUAAAUUUAUACAAAAA